AUGUACGAAUUUCAUCCACAUAUUCAGAUUUCCACUGUUUCUACCGAUAACAAUGACGCAGACAUAGAUGCUCAACAUGGCUUAUUCGUUUACGAUCAAAAACCACCAACACCUAACGUGAAACUCUACCUCUGCAUCGUUUGUGGAAGAUUUCGCGAUUUUUCUUGCACUCAAAUACCGCCAUUUAAUCGUCGACAUGCCUUGGUGUUGCUAACGGCCAUGAUGAACUACAAGAACAUGAGCGUAGAAUCCGCCAAGAAGGCUUACAGCACGUAUUCCCUGAAGCAGAAGACUAUUUGCAAAGAACACUACCUGGAAGCUGCUGCCCCUCUUCUAACCAAAAUGGUGCCGACAACAGAUAAUAUUCCAUUUGAUACUAACUUGAACGCCUUGCAUAUGAGCGAAGAGAUGGUGACAGAGGAUGUUGUGGCAGCCCUGAAUGAUAAGCUUUUGUUGUUCGAAGACAAAGAGAGGAUAACUGCAAAAUGUGUCACACUUUUCUUGAACGAUACAAUCGGAUAUUGUGUCGAAAAAAAGAGAGGCAGAAGAGGAGGAAGGAGAGUAGGAACAACGGGACAGCUGAAAUCUGUUAAGAUUCCGAAAGAAGAAGAACUGAGCCCGCAACCAGAGUAUGAGAGCACGGGAGAGAUAGACGUGGAGAAGGUCUCAUCACCUGCUUUACAAGGUUCAUCCGCCACCAACACUGUCGAUGAUUCAGAAGUCAUAGUUAUUGACAGCGAAGAACCUCACAGCUCGAACGAGGUCACGGAAUUCAUUUCAACCAUCUCGGAGCCAGUGAAACGUGAAGUGAAGGAAAGGCCUUCUAGGACAACACCGCGACAUAACGCACCUAUAACGGCGAAAAAGAUGAUGGAGACAAUUACUCUAACACCGCCUACACUUCCACUCGACGAGAUUCUCAAAUCGGAUGUACCUUGGUUAGACAGGAUGACAGAUAUGGAGGCUAGUGGCAGUUCGUUCCAUUGUUCAGCCGAAGGUGACAAUCCAGUAGUGGAUGUGCAUUGUCGAGUUUGUUUGGAGAAAAGAGGCAAUAUUGGCCGAUGGAAGGGUCAACUCGGAUCUCAAUUACAAAACCAGUAA